UCUGAACAAAUUCUGAAGCCGAGCAAGACCAAGACGGCAACGUAUAAUAUCGCAGACCUGCAACACUUUGUCUUUUGGAUUAUGUGCAUCGCAAAGACUGGGUUUUAAUGACUGCACCAAGUACGAGUUUCAGUCCUGAUACAGAUCGCGCGGUGGCUGUCCGCCAUCAUGCGACGAAUGGAGUGCAUGCGGGAACGAACCGAGGUGGCCGAAGAUCUGUUCACCGCAGCAGACCAACAAGACCUCGGAGGGCAACACUUCGUCUCUUUGAUGCUUUAGAGUCAGAGACUGUCGAAUCUACAGGAGAGGAGCUGGAAAUAAUCGGACUCUCGGAUGAUCUCUUUGACGAGUUGAUUCGAAAGAAGCACAAAGGAUACAGUCGAACCAACGGCACUGGCUUGCCGAACGGAAAUGAUCUGGCGGAAACUAUUUCGAAAUUGGCAGUUAAGACCUCUGAGGAGCUUCCCGAGCCAUGCAACACUGUAUCAAUUUGCCCCGCUUCCGAGUUGGCGCUUUCGUUAUCUCCCAAAUGGACAAUGUACAGGUGUGAGCGCCGGUCUUCACUCCCUCCAUCGACUGCUUCGCUCACAGCCGUGAACUUCACCGGUUUGGAAGACCACAUGCAAUUAUUAAUCCAGCCGGUAGAGCCGUUGCGUUUGGAGAGUGUCAUUCUUGUCUUUCCAAAACCGGCCUACGACUACAUCUCUAGCAUUCCCGAAUCGGAGGUUUUAAAUUAUCUCAGACCAUACAAGCUCUUGCGAAAGGGCCAACAUUUACAGACUUUGGACUGCAAUGUCAAGGCUUGCGAGCCUGUUGACCAGGGAUUGGUAGAGAAGGGGAUCACAAGAAUUACUUUCGUCUGCGACAAAACCUCAUCGUCUCAGGACAAUCGCAUCACAGACUCGUCGAACUUAAGCAACGGCACGAGCAAAACCAAUGGUGCGAAUGGCUGGUCAUCAGAUGAAGAGGAGUAUGGUCUAAAUCAAUACAUCGACUCACAAAAGAUCUGGGAGAGAUCGCCCAACACAGCUCUAACGCUCGCUCCCAAAUUGGUCGAAAAAGCACAAAAGCCUGUCGCACUCUACGCUCGGCCUCUGGAUAUGAUGAUCAGCUCAGAGUUUCUGACACCGAUAGGCAAAGAGUAUGACGACGGCGAGUCACGGGGGUUUGUUGAUAUUGAAGUGCUUGCGAAACUUGGGGUUUUCUCUGGUAGCUGGGUAUACGUUUGUACGAACUCGACCAAAAGGCCAAUUCGUUUAUACUCAUUUCCAUUAUCACAAAAAUAUGAUCCCCAUUCGAUUUAUCUGUCACCGAUUCUUCUCUACAACAUCAAAAGUCCCGAAGCCAUCGAAUUGCAAGUGUCUUCAUCAGUGUCUCGCAUCGAACCGCGAGCCGCCAGAGAAAUCACAAUUGCUCGGGUCAACUCAUAUGCAUCCACUGAGCGAGUCUACGAGAAUGCAUUUAUGAGAGGGUUACGUGCGUUUUUUGAAAGGUACAGAAGAGUUGUGGUUAAGGGCGAUUUGAUAGCUGUUCCGAUUGAUGAGGUGCUGGCACGCCUUAUGAGUGGGAGUGGAGCAGACUCUACAAGCAACAGUCUUGGAAUAGAGGACCUUCAAGGUAUGCCUGGAUCCAAUCCCUCUACUUUAGUAUGGUUCAAGAUUACUGCGGUGGUGCCUCCCGAUGAACCGCAAUCCGAUGAUUCCAAGAGCGAAGAAUAUGCGUUUUGCGUCGAUAGCUCGCAGACUCGAGUGGCACAGAUGGGAAGUAUCCAGGCGCCUUUACCUCCUACCGAUAAAUUUGACUGGUCAAGCUACUUCAGGAUCCCGCCUCUGCCGCGAAUUGAUUCGCCCAGCAGCGAGCGACUUAGACAGUUACUCCAGGUCAGUAUCAAGUCGUCAGUAGUACGCUCACGACUAUUGGUUUAUUCCUUGAAACCCCGAGUUGGAAAGACGACCAUGAUAAAGUCGAUCUGCUCUCAGCUAGGUAUUCACGUGUAUCAGAUUGAGGCGAACGAUGUCAUUGGGGAAACUGAUACCAAAACUCUCGCCUCCUUUGAGGCGAAACUGGAUCGAGCAAGAAACUGCUCUCCCUGUGUGGUUUUGAUCAGUCACCUUGAAGCUAUUGCGAAGAAGCCAGCAGAAGGGAGUGGGACCAUGAAUUCGAUAUCUGGAAAGAUUUUGGCCGCUCUUGAUCGAAUCAUGAUAGAAUCAACGGGCCUGGCGAUUAUUGCUACAGUAACAGAAGCUGACAGUCUCGCGGACGAUGUACGAGGAGGAUUUAAUUUUGAAAUUCAGAUGGAGACACCUUCUGAGUCUGAACGCCACGCAAUCUUCCAGUAUUUGCUUUCUCCAUUUACUUUGGCUCUGGGUGAUACCGGCUCUGGAUCGUUUACUGCCGACACCGGUAGUGAAUUUUCUGGAAUGAUUACAGUUCGAGAGGAUGUGAGCAUUGCUGGGUUGGCGCUACAAUCUGCAGGCUUGGUUCCUCAAGACUUGCUUGCUAUUGUCAAAUCAGCAAAGUCGCACGCCCUUGAUCGCUUAGAGAAAGAAGCAAAAGAGCUUGCAUCUGCGAAUGAAGACGUGCAGGUCCGCGAUAUUGUCCUUGCCUCUUCGGGUUACGUGCAGUUAACUCCAUCGGAUUUCGAACAAGCUACUAGCGAUGCUCGCCGAAAGUACAGCGACUCCAUCGGUGCUCCGCGCAUUCCGAGUGUGAAAUGGGAAGAUGUUGGUGGACUAGCUGACGUCAAGAACGAGAUUCUUGAUACGAUUGAGAUGCCUUUGAAGUACCCUGAUCUCUUUGCCGGAGGGGUCAAGAAGCGGAGCGGAAUUCUAUUCUAUGGUCCUCCUGGAACUGGAAAGACGCUACUAGCUAAGGCCAUUGCAACAACUUUCUCUCUAAACUUCUUUUCAGUGAAGGGUCCUGAGCUGCUAAAUAUGUACAUUGGAGAAUCCGAGUCGAACGUUAGGAAGGUUUUCCAACGAGCGCGAGACGCUAAGCCGUGUGUUGUUUUCUUUGAUGAGCUUGACUCUGUGGCACCCAAAAGAGGAAAUCAAGGCGAUUCAGGCGGAGUCAUGGAUCGUAUCGUAUCACAGUUACUUGCUGAGCUUGAUGGUAUGAGUAGCAAUGGUGGUGAGGGCGUCUUUGUCGUUGGUGCGACGAACCGGCCAGAUUUGCUCGAUGAGGCGUUGCUUAGACCUGGAAGAUUUGACAAAAUGGUCUAUUUGGGAGUCUCAGAUACCCACGAGAAACAACUGAAUAUCCUCAAGGCCCUGACGCGAAAGUUCAAGCUUGCUCCAGAUCUCGAUCUUGAGCAGGUAACUCAAACCUGCCCAUUUACCUACACAGGAGCAGAUUUCUACGCCCUUUGCUCUGAUGCUAUGCUGAACGCAAUGACCCGGCUUGCGAGAACUAUCGACGAGAAGGUGAGCAAGUUCAAGCCCGAGGUCAACCUGCAGUGGUGGUUUGAUACACAGGCUACGAAAGAGGAUAUUGAGGUUGUCGUCGGUCUCGAGGACUUUGAGAAGGCUAGACGGGAGUUAGUGGCUAGUGUGAGCGAAGAUGAGUUGCGUCAUUACCUUCGCGUACGGGAGAAUUUCGAAGGUGGGAAAGUUGCUGCUGCCACUGGCGCGGAUGCCAAGGCACCUGAGUCCGAAAGUGCAAACGGUGGCUUUGUCGGAAAAGGUAAGGGAAAAGGAAAAGGAAAAGCAAAGGCAAUCGACUUUUGAUUGCUACGCGCCCAGUUGCUUAUUACUAAAUAUGCGCCAAACAGUAUAAUGGACGAUUUGGACUACACUCAGGAUAGAGAAUGUAAAUAUAUACGGUGAAGACUUACUACCAUAUUACAUGCCAUCAGUAAUGAGAAGAUAUAGCUACAAUAUAUUAUUCAAAUGCA